AUUUUGCCAAGAAAAUGAUCCCGCUAAAAAUAUUCACCGCAAUUAAAUAAAUAUGGUAAAGAUUAAAAAAAUUAAUAAUUUGUGUUACAUAAUUACGUAAUCAAGAUUUACCUUACUUAUCAAUGAUUAUCGGAACAAAGAAGCCGUGAAUCAGAGGAUAAUUGUUACACGAGAAUUCUUUAAAUACUCGUAAUUUUUUUAAAUUUGAUUAAUUGAUUAAUUGGUUGAAUGACAACAUACUGACCUCAAAUAAUUUAAAAAAGGAAUUGAUCUACCCGCCUUUUUUUUUUUUUAAUUACAAAAAAAUUGGUUAUGAUAAACAAAUUUAAACAUGUUCUUAAAUACAAAAUCUCCAGUUCAACUUAUAAAACAUAGGAUAAAGAGUUUUAAACAUGAAGAUGUUAAUAUUAAUAAUAAAUUUCAAGGAUUUGAAUUUAAAGAAUUUUCAGAAUUUUCAGAAUCUCAAAAUCAUAUUAUGCAAAAACUUCCAUCAAAUUGUUUUGAAGAAAUUUUAGAUUCAAUGGAUAAUGAUAGAAAUACUUUAUUCUCAUGUGCUUUAGUAAAUCGACAUUGGUGUAGAUUAUCGAUACCGUUAUUAUGGCGUCGACCAUUUGAAUAUGGAUAUCCAAAAGAUUUUGGUUUAAAAUUAUUAAAAAUUUAUAUUAGUUUUUUAGCAGUAGAAGAAAAAGAAUUAUUAAGAGCUCAAGAUAUUAAAGUACCAGAUAAUAUUAAUAACAGUAACAGUAAUAAUAAUAAAUUAUUAUUUGAAUAUCCAAAAUAUAUUCAAUAUUUUGAUAUAAAUAAUUUUAUUUAUGCAAUAAAAUUAUGGAUAUUUAAUAAUAAUAAUAAUAAGAAAGUUUAUGAUCCAAAUAAAUUGGAACAAAAAAUUCAUUUACUUGCAAGAUUAUUGGGAAAUUUAUUUUGUAAAUAUUCUAAUGGAUUUAAAUUAAUCAAUUAUCAAAAUAAUAAUGAUAUCAAAUAUACUGAUAUUACUUCAUAUAAUGGAAUUGAAUCAGUAUUACAUAAAUUAAAUGAAUUCAAAUUUCAAAAUUUUAAUAUAAUUGAGGAAUAUUAUUUAUCAUGGAAUAAUUUAUUUAAUAAUUUAUCUGAAUAUACUUAUAAUAUUCAACAUUUAUCUAUUCAUAUUUAUAAAAAUAAUAGAUAUGAAUAUUCUGAUAUUGAUGAUUCAAUAAUUAAAUUAAUUCAAGCUCAAAAAAAUUUAGAAUAUUUAUCUUUAAGUAAUUUUUGGGGGGAUUCUUCGAAAUUUUAUUCUGCUUUAGAAGAUCAUAAUAAUUCUUUAACUUAUUUACGUUUUGAAGGUUUAUCUGACGUAAUUUUAUUAAUUAAAUUUUUAAAUACUUGUAGAAAUUUAAUUACUUUGGAUUUAUUUCAAAGUACUAAAGGUGAUGAUUUUGAACAUAAUUUAAAUCUUAGUACUUUACCUAAUCCUGAUUUUAAUCUUAACGUUAAAAAUUUUUAUUAUAAUUUUAAUGAUACAAAUAUUCCUACUUUAAUUUAUUUUCUUAAAUUAAUUGGUAGAAAUUUAAAAAUUUUUUCUUCUACUUUAUAUAAAGUUCCUAUUCCCGUUCUUAUUACUUUAAAAAAUUUUAAUCCAAAUAUUACUCAUCUUUCUUUAAAUAUUUCUAAUGAUUUAUUGGAAAUUUUUAGUAAUUUAUUAAAAAAUUUAUCUUUAAAAUAUUUAUUUUUAAAUGCUUCAAAAUAUUUUAAAUUAUCUUUAGAUAAUAUUAUUAAAUUAGCUGAAUCCCUUCCUACUUCUUUAAUUUAUUUAGAUAUUAAUUUUUUUUUAACUUCAAAAGAAUUUGAAUUUUUAUUAAUGAAAUCUAAUUCUAAUUUUAUUACUAUUGCUUUUCAUAAUAUUUUUGAAAAUCAUAAAGAUUAUUUGAAAAUUAUGGUGGAUCAUGUUAUUAUUAAUGAUUUUACUUCUUUAAGAGAGAUUAGAUUUCAAAAGGAUUUUUUUAAUAGGGAUCAUAUUGAAAAUUUUCAAAGGUGGUUAAAUGAUGAAUUAAAUUAUGUUAUCGAUAAUUAUAGUAGUAGUGGUAAUGGUAAUAAUAUAUUAAAAGAAUUAAAAGUUAGCGAAAUUAAACCUUAUAAUAAGAAUUUUAAUUCUUAUUGGUAUAAAUGGGAGGAAUAUUGAGGAUUAUUGGAUUAAUGGUGACAGCGUUUGAAGAUGUAUAUUUUUUUUUAAUACAACAUAUUUAAAUAUUAUAUAAUAUAUCAAACUAUUUGUAUCGUGAUUAUACGAUUUUAUUGGAUUGUAUUCACUUUUUUUAUAA